AGCUGCAGAGAGAACAGAAAUGCUGUUCAGACAGACUCUGUUUCUCCCCUGCAGUGGGCCAUUUGCUAGUUUGAGGGGUGGCAGGAGGCAGUAGCAGGGGAGGUGAGGAGGUAUGUGAAGCAGAAAUGCCACUUGGCUGUGUUGGUUUUCAGGGAGUGUCUCAAGCCCUUGGCCUUCUCCCACGGCAGGAGACAAGUCAUUCCUUGUAUUGUCCAGAGUGUAAGCACGGCAUGGGAUGUGUGUGUGUGUGGCCAGGGGAUGAGGGGUGGGACAGUAAAAUAUUAAUGGGGGGAAGAAACCCCAAACACCAUGUGCCCUGGGUCUUGACACAUUCAGCCCUGUUGCGGAGAAACAAACACCACAGAAAUAGAAGUCGGCAAGAGGACACCACAGAGCUGCCUGUUUCAGCCUCACUCACCAUCAUGCCCUCAAGGCUCCUAGCACUGUGGAGGGGCCAGACCACAGAGCCCAGCAACAGGACACCCAGAGAGACACCCACCACUUCCUUAGCCAGCCACCCAUCCCCUGCACACCAAAUACUUGUAAAAGAGCAGCUUCCCUGAGGAUGGCUCCCACGGGAUCCUGGGCAUUCCAGAAGGCUGGACCCUGUCUUCAGCAAGCCCACCAAGCACAGGUCCAACCAAGAAAACUGACACUCUGCCCUGUUCAUCUGACCUCUCUAUACCCAUUCUAAGGCGCUCAGAGGCAUUUGUUUUAAAAAGGAAAGUGAACUAAAACUCACACUAACGGAGAUGUAAACCGCUUGCUAUAUGAUAAGCCCAGGGCCGCAGUCCUUGCAUUCAGGUCUCUAGGCACAGCCAUGGUUAGCCAGGGACAUGCCAGGUAUAAGAGAUCUUGUGGGUCUCUGGAGCUGUAAGUUCAGAGUUCCUAAAGCCUAAGUUUCUGAAGUUUUAAUGAGAACUGAGACUAGCUGGGGCAAAAACACCGGGGAUAAGGAUUUAGAUACAGACACAUUAAAUACAUGUCCAGCAUCACAGUCUACCUACAUUUAAAUACUGCUUCAUUUGUUCACUUACUCACGUAUUAAGCUCAGGAACUGGGCUUUUGCUUCACCUACAUUAUCUCAUUCACAAACCUUCGCCCUUCACUCUACUCCUCAGUCUUCUUUUUCAAAGUAAGCGAUGCUACCACCUAUGCAGUUGCUCAGGCGGAAAUCAAGGAGUCAUCGCAAUUCCUUCCCUUUGCUCACCUCCAUCUCCAGUUCACCAGCAAGCCCAACGGGUUCUGCCUCCAAAACAGACCUCAAAUCCACCCAUUUGCCUCCAAGUUCACUGACAGUAACAUCUCGGCUACAUCAUUGAUCAUCUCUCAGGAAGUCUGGUUUCCUGACUUCCACUCCUACCCUCUAGGACUCUAGAUUCACAUAAGAACAAGAGUUUGCUUCUUGAAGUUUAAAGCUGAGUCAGGUCAGCUAAGCUUCCGGUCAUCCUUCAGGUCUUAGCUUAGAUGUUACCUCCUCGAGGGCUCCCCUGACCACCCAACCUACACACACACACACACACACACACACACCGGCUUCCUUUCACCGCACUUGUUACUAUUUACACUUCAUUUGUGCUCAUUUAUUGGCGUGGUCACUAGAAAGAAUCGUCCCGGGGAUACUAUGUCUUCUUUUCUGCUGCGAUCCCCAGUGUUUGGCACAAAGUCCCCCACCCGUUGAGCCAACAGACUAACUUUGUGAGCUCGGAGUGCUCGUUAGUAACCCAUUUAUAUAGAUGAUACAAAGUGUCCAAACAAAGCCAGAGAAGGGAGGCGGCGAGCCCGUGUCACCAAUCGCUAGGGAAGCUGCAGGUAUUUACACUCCAGGCAGAGGAAGGACACGUGGGCCUCGAACCACCACCCACCGCUCGGCGCCCCAGCUGUCACGUGAUCAGCGACAGCCGCCCUGCAAACCUCGCGGCCCCGCACCCAGGGUCCUCCGCGGGGAGCGGCCUCCACCACCGCCCCCAAGCCUCCCUGCAAGGUCUCCGCUCCACCUCCACUCCGCCCCCCGGAACGGCCACGCGUCCCUUUACCAGCGGCCCGCGUCGUCAGCGCCAGCACCGCCGACGCCAUGUUUGCCGUACAGUCGCUUCCGGUCUCACAAAGGUUCUGCUUCCGCUAUCGGGGGAUUUACUUCCGGGUCCUGCGUGGCAACUCAAAGAGAAGCGGGAGAAGUUGCAGAGAAUUCAUUUGGUAGCACGUAUUAAUGGCUCUAAAGAAGUCAUCGCUCUCCCUGGACUCUUCCAGUGAUGCUGAGGAGUUGCCAGUAUUUACCUUUCUGAAGAAGGAACCAUGUUCAACAAAGAGGAGGCAGCCUCAGAGGGAGGAGAGGAUCGUAGUGGUUCACAUCUCAGAUUCUGAGCCCUCCUGUCCUCCAUCACCAAGGCGGAAAGAUCCACCGCCCAUCCCAGACAUAGCUGAACCCAUCACACAAACACGGCCAGUCAGGGUGCUGAGCAGUGGAAGUGAGGAUGAGGAGGAACUUAUUCCCCUGGCUGAGAGACUGACAUGUAAGUUUUUGACCCACAAGCAGCUGAGCCCUGAAGAUUCUAACUCCCCAGUGAAAAGCGUUUUGGAUCAUCAGAAUAAUGAAGGAGCAUCACCUGACUGGAAAAAACAGCCCUUUCCAAAGAUCUGUGAUGUUCCCCUCCAAGACACCUCAGAAAGGUGUACAUCGAAUAACAAGGACUCUACGGUAGACAGUCCAUGCCAUCAGGUUCCAGCCCACCAAGCUACCUGCCCUCCCCGGAGCGUCAGCUCGUCAGUCACCAAAACAAAUGCCGAGGCCCUCCCACCUCAGAAGAGAACCAAGCACAGUCAGAGGGUCCAGAGGAGAGGCCCACAGGGACAAGCAAGCCGGAAGGAAAGCACCCUGAGACAGCCACAGAGAGAAAAAAAGGCAGCACUGGCUAACAGACCAAAAGCCCGGAGGCCAGAGGAGUGCUUGAAGCACAUCGCUGUGGCGCUGGAUCCAGGGCUUUUACAGAUGGAAGGCGGCGGCCAGCUCCUCGGAGCGCUGCAGUCCAUGGAGUGCUGCUGUGUGAUUGAGGCGCAGGCCGUGCCGCGCAGCAUGGCCUGGAGGAGGAGGGCCGGGCCGGCUGCGGAUGGAGAGGAGGCCUGGGUGGAGGAGCCGAUGGUCCUGGUGCUGCUCCCGGCAGAGGCGUUUGUGUCCAUGAUCCACAACUUCAAGCAGGGAGGUCCAGGCAGCACCGAGAAAGGGAAGGAAACACUCCGGAGCUUUGUAGCAGACAUCACGGCAAGGACAGCGGGAAAGGCUCUGUCACUGGUGAUUGUGGAUCAGGAGAAAUGCUUCAGUGCUCCAAAUCCUCCAAGGAGAAGGAAGCCGGGAGUGGCAAACGGAGAACAGGCCAAGGAGAAGAAGAAGAAGAAACAGGGACCACCAGAGGCCAGCACAGCGCCCGUGGUGUCCAGGGUAGACAUGGAGGAGGCACUGGUGGAUAUGCAGCUACACACACACGCCCAGGCCCGAGUUGUGCAGAGCUGGCAAGAGCUGGCCGACUUCGCGUGCUCGUUCACGAAGGCUGUGGCUGAGGCGCCCUUCAAGAGACUCCGAGAUCAAACUAAUUUCUCCUUCUGCCUGGAGAGCGACUGGGCUGGAGGGGCGAAGGUGGACCGUGCUGGCAGGGGCCUUGCUCAGGUCUGGCGGAGGCAGAUUCAGCAGCUGAACCGAGUCAGCCUGGAAAUGGCCAGCGCUGUUGUGGCCGCCUAUCCCUCCCCACAGCUCCUGGUCCAGGCUUAUAGGCGGUGUUUUUCGGAGCAAGAACGCCAGAAUCUGCUUGCAGACAUACAGGUGCGCCGUGGGGAAGGCGUGACAUCUACCUCCCGCCGUGUUGGACCAGAUCUGUCCAGGCGCAUCUACCUUCAGAUGACCGCGUUGCAGCCAGAUCUCUCUUUAGACAGUGCAGACUGAAGCUAGCCCCAAGGGACAGGAUGAAAAGCUGGAGAUUUCUGCCUCGGGACAUGACCAAUGAAGAGAGGGAGGUGUCGCCUGGAGUACAAGCCUGGGUCAGGCCCACAACAGAUCCUGGGUGCCAUUGUGAAAGUCUCCCUGUCAACUGGCUGAGAUAUUUGCAUUUAUCUUCACCAGCAUUCAGUGUUCCUCUCCUGGCAAAAACCAAGUGCCAUGCAUGAGCCACCCCUGCCCCAGCCAGCCCUCAAAAUACAAAGGAACACAGACAGACAGACCAUUCAGACACAUAUUUAAUAGUUGCAGAAAUCCAAAAGAACCUCAACAUCAAGUCUUGAGAUCAUGAGUGAAGUACCCUCAGUGGGUUGGCUUUCUAGGCUGGGCGUCCAGCCCUGUUGGCCCACUGAGGCUGCCUCAACCAGCCAGGGAACGGGUCUGAUCACUAUGCCAACUUCUGUAUUCUCUCCGUCUUAUAUGUACUAUGUGUUUAGUUUCAAUAAAGCAUUUGUACCAGUG